CGGACUGAAACAGGGAGGGACUACCUGAUCUUGUCCAUUAACUAACGCUUGUUUUCGUUUUCCAUUGCAAAACGUUUUGCUACACUGUGCAGUAAUGAAUACGACCCAGCAUCUAACCACACAGUUCCAGAUGGUUCUAUCAGAGAACAUGGCAGCCAUGGCCAACAGUUCACACCAGUGGUAUGACAGUCUGCAGCGCUGGCACCUGGAGCUCUUCCUGAUCCCCGCCUCCCUCCUCACCCUGGCCACCCUGCUGGCCAACCCCAUCGUCCUGGCCUGCAUCCUCUUCUCCCGUUCCCUGCGCCAGGAGACCCGCUACCUCCUCCUAGCCAACACCCUGGCCGCAGACAUGCUCUUCCUCUCCCUCAACCUUGUUACUGUAGUAUGUAAUACUUUGGGGGUAGCCAUGCUGAGGGUACUCUGUGAGCUGGUUUCGGCAGUGACCGCCGUGGCGUAUUGCUGUGCUGUGCUGACCGUCACACUAAAGGUGGUGGAUACAUACGUGGCGGUACGUUGGCCCCUCCACUACCACGAUCUGCUCCCCCCGGCCCGUACUCGAAAGAUCCUAGUCGGGGUCUGGCUGUUAGCCGCCAUGUACCCCCUCUCCCUGGUCAUCGUCAUGGAGGUGAUGGAGGACAACGCCACACAGAGGUCAGAGGUGUGUCUCAUUCUCAUCUCCAUAGGCAAGAUGGGCAGAAAGAUGAUGGUGGGCGUUCACAUCUACUUCACCAUGGGAGCUGUUGUCUGCACCCUGCUCAUCCUGUAUUGUUACGGCCGUCUCUACUGGGUCACCAAGACCCAGGGCAUCUGGCAGAGCCGCUACUCCCGGGCCCGGGUCACCCUCUUGGCCCACGGGGUUCUGCUCCUGCUCUACUUCAGCCCGGGCCUGGUCUUCACUGUGGAGCUGGUUCUGUACCAGCACCAGGAGGUCAGCCAGGAUAUCCGCGUGUGGAUCAACACUGUCAAUAUGUGUAUGCUGAUGCUACUGCCCAGGGCCUGUGCUCCCUACCUGUAUGGUCUGUGGUAUAGGGAUAUCUCUGAUACUCUGCUGGCGGUGCUGCACCGACGCAGGAGGCUCAGUCAGGUCACUGUGGCCUAGAAAUAAAGACCUACACACUCACAACCCCAUAAAGAGGAAUGAGAGGGCCGAGGGGUUGUUUAAUAGAGAUUCUUGUGAGAGUGCCCAGCCUAAAGCAUUGGUCCCCAAAUAUUUUUACCUAAUGAAGCUCACUAUGUUCUCUUGUGACCCACGGUUUGACAUGUACAAAAUCAUUCCCCAAACCCAAAGCUGCCUUGAAAAGACCAUAACUUUUUAAGACAAAACAUUGAUUGCUUAACUUUUUUUCAAAAAGUCAUUUAAUUGGUACUAUUGCCAAGCUAUUUUCCAUGUGUCAAUGCAUAUACGGUGAGCUCCAAAAGUAUUGGGAC